GCAUCGUUCGUUUCGCUCCGAAAAGACGUCAGGUAUACGUAUAUGUAUCUAUAAUGUGUGUUGGUCCAUUCACUGGGAGCCACUCUGCUGGGCCAGUGCAGCAGCAACUCGUCGUAUUGAUCGUGAUUUCAGCCCAGCAGCAGCAGUGAGUUGGAAACACACACACACACAGAGGAAAAAAGUGAAACGCCUACACGAACGCCCGCGUUCGGCUUCUGCGCCGAACCCGCUCGCCUUUCUACCGACCCUGGGCAACUCUUUCCCCCCACCAUCUACGUGCAGUUUAGUAGCGGCCGUCGACGGUCUACAUAUCGUCCCCAAAAAUUUCCCUUCUUCGAUUCGCGCCGUGCCAAAUAAUGGCCACUUGAAACUUUUCAGUGAUUGCGACAUUGCUGAUUCGAGUCUAGUCUUCAUUAUUGUGUCGUGUGUGUCAUUUUGACUCGUUGCACACGUUGAGUUGGGGGCUGGGGGAGAAGGGAUUACAGUGGUGGCAGUGGUGAUUGGCUAUUGCAUCGUCAGUUGUGACCCCACGGCCGUUUGAUAAGGCGAUGGUCAACCGUUGGUGGUGGUGGUUGCUGGCCUUCCUGCUGGUCGCGACGCAGCAUUGCCUCGUCAUCGCCAGCAGUCAGCAUCGCAGUUAUCUAGAUGCGGUGGAAGAUACGAAUAACGGGCCGGAGGAUCUCUUUUUAGACGAACUGGUCCGCAAUCUGAAAUGGAAGGCCGCCCAGCAGCAGAAAACCGCUCACAUUCGUCAACGACUGCCGCAAUUGACAGACAUUCGAUUAAUGGAUGAAGACGAUUAUGCUGAACAAGAUGGGGAUAACAUGUCGUUGCAGCCGAAAAUGGAGCAGCAGCACGAGCCACAGCAGGAGCCAAAGAAUUUUGCAUAUCGACCCCAUGACGACCGAUUCCGUAAUCAGCGUCCACCCCACCAACCUGUCCGACAAAUUAAGACCCCUUUUAAUCCUCUUAUCCAUCCGGCUGCCGUACCGUCGACCAUUCCUCUUCAAAUGAGCUCUAAUGACAUCCGCAUGGCCGGCCAAAAGGAGACAGACAUCUUCGACGAAGGACCCGUAACCAUGUCUCAGCAGCAGCAGCAGCAGCAGCAGCCGGCCCCUGGAAUGGGCAAGUUUAUGGAAAGUUCUCCCGCUGUCGCUAGCCAGGAAGAGGCGGAUGAAAGUGUUGAAUCGCGAAUUUCACGAGAUCCUGUCGCCCACGCCAUCGUCAGCCCUGCGAAAACUGAGCGCAUUCACGACUCCCUGGCCGACAUUUACCUCACAGCUCUGGUGGCCGGAUGCACUGCGUCGGUUGUAGCAGCCCUCCUGGCCCUGGGAGUCUGCUUCUAUAGAUGGCAGAGAAGAGCCAAAGCGGCCCAAGAAGUUGAAUAUCCAGCCUACGGGAUCACCGGCCCAGGUCCGUCACCGAGUGGUAAAUCGUCACUGAAAUCCUCUCCGUCUUCGACGACUCCCGGCGGAGGGAUCGGCAGCUGGGCUCUGGGUAAAACGCCAAAGUCGAUGGCCAGCAGUGGUGACAAGAAACUGGCUCACUCUGCCCACAUGUUCCACUUCCAGCACCAGAAACAGCAAGUCAUAGCGCUCGAAAGUCAUUCCGGAUGCGAUAGACGCGGCUCCAAUUCGGGUGGAGAAAGCGACGAAGAUAACGAAGAAGGAGACUACACUGUUUACGAGUGUCCUGGACUAGCGCCGACGGGCGAAAUGGAAGUCAAGAACCCGCUCUUCCUUGACGACCCCACUCCGGCCACGCCAGCAGCCGUGAAACGUCAAUCCAAAUAGACUUGAGAAUAGAACGAAGAAAUGAUCGAUUUUAUUAUUAACUGAAAACCCGAAUUCAUCAAACCAAAAGGCGCCAGAAAAAUGUACUACCCUACAAAUGUACCCGACGAGAAAAGAUUCCCCCAAAAAGAAGAAAAAACAAAAGAAAGAAAAAAUUCAUUUCAAAUAUUUACAAAAAUGGUGGUUGAAUUUUUAAACAUGGAGUCGUCAAUGUCCUGUGUUUUACACGUACGUGUUCCAACAACUACUAUAUAUAUUACUCUACCUUCUAACCUUAAAUGUCUAUUAAACGCCAUCCUCUAAUUAAGCAGCAAAGAAAAAUGCCGUCGUCAACUCUUUCUCUAUCCACCACCUCUUUCAAUCUUUCUUAAUUAUCAAUCAUUCUCUUAUAUGGGUUCUACUUUUACCGACUUCUAAAGAUACAUGAUUAUAUAUUAUAUAUAUAUAUUAAAAAAUAGAGUAACGAUAUUCAUCAUCUCCGGCACCCUCUUAUUUUUAUUGUUAUUAAACAUUGGGUUUUGACAUUAUUAAUACACUAUUUUGAUGUUGCCACGCCACGAAAUAACAGGAA